CACGCAACGUUCCUUCCGCUCCGUGUCGCUCCGAUGGACACGGUCCGGUGGCUCUUUGCCAGAUCGCCGCGCGCGUCGCCAAACCGAGGUCGCCUGGCGGUCGCAUUUUCGGCCCGCCUAGCAACUGGGCGCGUGGACUGCGCUGCCACUUUUUCCCAACGAGCAACUGUGGGCAGAGCGCGCGCGCUUCGAAAUAAGGCGCAUCUGUUGACGCCGUCGCGCCCGUCGAAUCCUAGGCUGUCUGUGAGGGGCGUAAAUGCUGCGCCUCUGUGCCUGUGGAGAACUCGCCAACAGACUUCCUGUUUUGCAGAUUUCUGUUUCGAACCGUUUCUGAGGAGAAGGCGCCGCAGUAAAAAAACCUUAGGAAAUUCGUUUCGUCGACCGUGUCCUCGCUACCGGGUCUCAGAAGGUCACAGGGGCCACCUCUGCAAACGCCUGGCGUGCGGAAUGUGUCCGCGCCUGCUCUGUCCUCUGUGCGAGAGGUAGGACAGGUUCGAGAGCACCACUUGCAAGGCGCGGAAGGCUGUGAAAUCGUUGCGUUCUGAGAGGGAAGACGCUUCAUACAUCGCGUCUUUUUUUAAACAGCUGAGUCUCGUAUUCAAAGGCGGAACCACGC